CAUCGUGCCCUGUCCCCCCCCAGGUGGUCGUUUGGAGACGGAGGUUACCAGGAAUAUGACUUUAAACCUCCCUACAACACCUCCCUGUACCCUCCCCUACCAGACUCCCCUACACAGGUGCUCCUGCCCAACAAAGUCAAGUACAAGUACCAACAGCCAGGAGUGUACACCGUCCUGGUGUCUGUGUCUAACCAUUACGAGAACAGAACCCAGCGCAUCGACAUGCACGUAUACAGUGUCCUUACCCACGUCGACAUAGAAACAGAGCCCCGCCUCCUCCAGGCCGGCCAACCAGCAACUUUUGAGGCUCACGCCUUGCCCUCGGCCUAUGGCAUCGUCUAUACGUGGGAUUUUGCAGAUGGCUCCGCCUCCAGAGAGGGGCCUCAACGUCGCGUCAACCACACCUACGAGGUCGGCCACAGUGGCGUCCAUAAUGUGUGUGUGUCUGUGAAUAAUACCAUCAGCUGGACGAAGGCCUGCGCUGAGAUGUUGGUGUACGAGGAGAUUAAAGGGUUAACGGCGACCUCCUCCGCCCCGACCGAGCUCAACACCCCGACGACGGUCUCUGCACACCUGGAGGCAGGUAACAACGUCACCUGGAGCUUCGACAUGGGCGACGGGUCCAUGGUGACGACGGCGGGUUCCGAGGUUCCGCACACCUACGUGAAAGACGGGAACUACACGGUGAACGUGACGGCGCGGAAUGCGGUGAGCGCCCGCUGGACCCUGGUACCUGUCCAGGUGUUCGUGCUGCAGGUGGUGAGGCUGGAGCCGGCGGGCUGUGUCCGGGAGCUGACCCAGGUCGACUUCCAGGCCUUCGUUUCGGGGAAUGCCUCCUUUCACCUGUAUGAGUGGAGCUUCGGGGACGGGACCCCCAACCAGACACACCUGGGCAGCCCCAGGAUCAGCCACUCCUACGGGGGCAGCGGGGACUACCACCUCUCCCUGCUGCUGUCCAGCGGCGUCAACAAGGCCAACUUCUUUGCGUGGGUUUGUGUCCAGCCGGCGGUGUCCAACGUGACCCUGACCCCAGAGAAGUGCAACUUCAGACUGGGAGAGGAGAGCCGGUUCAGGGCCAGCGCCCAGCCAGACUUCGACUACACCUACUUAUGGGAUUUUGGGGUGAUUGAGGACUCUACACCUGUCCAGGGCCAUACGGACAUGGUGUUCACCUAUAAAAACCCUGGUCAGUACCUGGUGACGGUCACUGUGUCCAACAACAUCUCCUGCAGUAACGACAGCGUCCUGAUUCAUAUCCAGCGGCCGGUAGGACUGGUCCUGAUCCAACAUAACGGGACUAGAUCCAAUAACCUGACUCUGAGGGAGGUGUACCUCUUCACCACCUCUUCGCUGGUGCCUGCCAGCCUCUACACCUGGGAUUUCGGCGACGGAACGCCCCUCACCCCCGGCCCAAACGCGACACACGCCUACAACGUCUCUGGAGUCUUCAAUGUCACGCUGACGGCGGCGAACCCGGUGAGCAGCAACCACACCCGGGUUGCCGUGGCGGUCCUGGCACCCAUCCGCGGCCUGGUGGUCAACGCUGACCGGGUCAACGUUCCCAUAAACGCCACAGUCAACUUCAAGGCUCACCUGGAGGAAGGCGAUGGCGUGCGGUUUUCGUGGAACCUGUGUGACGGCUGCACACCCAGGCUCCAAGAAUGGAAGACUCAUUACACCUUCCGGUCGGUGGGGACGUACAACGUCAUCGUCACGGCAGAGAGCGACGUGGGCUCAGCCCAGGCCAGCGUAUACAUCUACGUGCUGCGGGAGCUGGAGGGGCUGCAGAUCCAGCCUGAGGAGGACAUGGGGGCGAGGGGGUGCUGCUACGCUACGAACCGUGUGCUCCACCUCCAGGCCACGCUGAGGGAAGGGACCAACAUGUCCUUCAGCUGGAACCUCCUCAGGGAGUUGGCGCCGGUCAGCACUGCGCUCAACCUCAGCGGGAAGACCAUCCCAGUCAACUUCUCCACCCCUGGUCCCUGUGAUGUCUUCCUGCGGGCCACCAACCUCCUUGGAACGCUCGCGGUGAACAGAACCAUCCAGUUCCUCGAUCCGGUUGGAGAGCUGUACCUGGAGACCAGCGUCAACCCUGUGGCGGUCAACUCCUCCACUAACCUGACGGUGUUGGCCAGUAAAGGCUCGGACCUGCAGUACCGGUGGUCAGCUGAUGAGGGCGCUCUAGGCUGGAAUGAGCCCUCUGUGGUUCAUCGGUUCACUGUUCCAGGAAUGAAGGUCGUUACUGUGGAAGUGUCCAAUGAGGUCAGCGCCGAUACGGUGUCCAAGUUCAUUGACGUCCAGGAAGUGGUAACAGGAGUUACGUUCUCUGCGACUAACGUCACGGAGCAGAACUUUGUGGCCACCGGCGUCAAUGUCUCCCUCCACGGAGAAUUAAGGACCGGCACCAACGUAUCUUGGACCUGGCUGUUGCUGGGCAGAACAGAAAUGGGACGGAGGGUGUCCCACGCUUUCCAGGAACCAGGGCUGUUCACCGUUAUGCUAAACGCUACCAACGACGUUAGCGGCGAGGCGUUUUCCAGAGAGUUGACGGUACAGGAUAAGAUUCAGGGGUUGGAGCUGAGGGCCAGUAAGAGGAUCGCUGCGGUCGGGGAGAGGGUGGAGUUUACCAUCGCCAAGGCGUCAGGGACGAACGUGAGCUUCAUCCUCAGCAUCAGUGGAGACUCGACCGUUUUCGGCCAGACCUACGUUCACCAGUUCAGCCGGGUCGACACCUACAUGGUAAACCUGACCGCACACAACCAGGUGAGUUCUGAGCGGCGCCACCUGCAGGUGGAGGUGAUGGAGCCAGUGAGCAUGCUGAGUAUCCUGGACUGCUGUGACGCCGCCAUGGCUGUGGGCGUCAAGAAGACCUUGGUAGCCGACAUCCUGACAGGAAACCCGGUGACCUUCCUGUGGACCUUUGACCUUAACCACCUCCCCUUCCCCACAUCGGGAAAGAGGGCGUUCAACUUGCUCAGCCCAGAGAGCAUCACCAAGCACAUCCAGGUGCAGAACGUUCUGGCGGAGGCCCGGGUGGAGGCCCGGCCCACGGAAGACACCUUCAUCAACAAGACGGUGAUGCUGAUGGCGGGCGUCACACCUCAAUCCCACCCGUUACCUUCCUCUGGGACUUUAAGACGGCUCUGCGCGCCCCUGCUCUCCGCCACCUCCUCUGUUGAACUUAUGUAUGCAGCGUUCCCAGGUCAAUACCUGGUCCAGGGUGGAGGUGACCAUCAGGUGUUGGAGUGUGAGGAGCCAGAGGUUCAGGUAGUCCAGGCUCCUAGGCUAGCCAUCUGGCGCUACCAGCCCACCCAGGUGGAGGCUAGCGUGGACCUGAAGGCUUGCAUCCGCUACGGAGCCCAGUACCUCUGGGAGAUCUUCUCCACCCCGCACUGCAACUACGACCAUUCACGGCUGCAGCUCUCGCUGCCCAAGAUGGCUCUGCGUUCGGGGGGAACUACUCGCUGGUGUUCUCCUGUCCUACCAGGGGUUCCCCUGAGGAAGGCUGCCUGUCUACAGCUAACCGUCAUGGCCGCCCGCCUGGUUCCUAUCAUAGAGGGAGGGACCUACAGGGUGUGGUCCAAGACCCAGGACCUGCAGCUGAGUGCUGAGCAGAGCUAUGACCCCAACAUGAGCCUGGACAACCAGUCACUACUCCACUACCACUGGGACUGUGUCUCCACCUCCAAGGUAAGGACACACUUACACUUGAAGUCGGAAGUUUACAUAGUGCUGGUCCAGAGUGGUCGUAUCCCCAUGGUCUACCUGGAGUGUGUCAAGGCCCAGUCCAUCUUCGAGGUCAGUCAGAACUCCUAUGUCUACCUGGCUGGAACCUGCACCAACUGUCAGCCUUCCACCCGUUGGACGGCAGUCACCCUUCGUAACGAGACCCUGGUCCUGGACUCCAGCAGCACAACAACUGGACGUGACAGUAUGAACCUGGUUCUCCGCCAGGGCAUCCUGCAAGACGGAGACUCCUACGUCUUCACCCUCCACGUAACCGACGGCAACAUGGACCGCGAGGGCGUGGCGUCCAUCACGCUACAGCCCAACAUGCCCCGGCGGGCGGGGACUGUGACCUCCGAGUGGGGGAGGAGGAGAGGGGGACCAAUCAGAACACUGGUGGACAGGGUGUACUUCAACUGUUCAGGUUACAGUGACCUGGGCGUGUCAGAGACCCCUCUCCUGUAUAGCCUGUUGGUGACUCGCUGCAGUGACAUGCACUGUGAGGAGUUCUGUGUGUAUAAAGGGACCAGUCCAGAGCACUCUGCCUUCCUGCCCCCUGGGUUCAGAUCAGGUCGAUACAGGGUGUCAGCAUCCAUUACUGUAGAAGACCACCAGGGGGCAGCAAUCACCGCUCUCAACAAGUCUGUGGACGUGGUUCUUCCAGACAGUCCUCCAGGCUACAGCAGCCUGCCCCACUGGCUCAGUGAGCUGACCUCCACCACACUCAGACAGCUACUGACAGGAGACUCACAGAGGGUCAGAGAGCUGUCCCUGGCCCUGAUCACUGUUCUCAAUGAGUAUGAGCAGACCCGUGAGUCGCCGAUAGUAUCCAGGGCGGAGCGCGGUUACCGGGUCAUCGUGCGUAGUGACAUCACCAGAGCUCUCACGGCCCUCGACCUGACUACAGUUAACGACAUACAGCAGACCUCGGCUGCCCUGGCACAAUGCACGGCGGUGAGUCGUGAGUUUAUCUGUGAGGAAUGUCAGAACAGCACGUUGAAUAAGCUGGAGUUGAUGUUGGACAUCCUGGAGACAGACACCAAGCAGGGAACAGUCACACCUACUGAGAUAGCAGACAACAUCCUCAACAUCAUGGGUGACCUUAUCCACCAGGUAAGCCAGUCGGCCUCCCAGCAGCUCUUGGGGCCCCCCUACCCCGACCUCCAGCUGGACUCCUCCCUUCCCCAGCCUCACCAGCCCCCCGAGGCACACCCCCUGCGCGUAGCAGCCCAGGCCUAUAAUCUGUCGUCGGCGCUGAUGCGUAUCCUGAUGCACUCCCGCGUCCUUAACGAGGAACCACUGGUGCUGCGGGGGACGGAGAUCGCCGCCACGGGAAAACGGGCCGACCCCCAGUCGCUGUUCUGCUACCACGACGAUGACUCACCGGAGUGCAGACGGUUCUCCAUCCCCAGAGCCUUCAACAACAGUCUGAGCAGAGCAGCUACCAGCGUGGUACAACUCAUGUUCCAGGUGGAGCCCAACCCGUUCCCCUUUAACUUUGUGGCUAACUACACAGUCAGUACCGAGGUGGCCUCCAUGGAGUUCCGGGCAGAGAACGGUUCCCAGAUCCCAAUCUCAGACCUCGACGACAACCAAGCCAUCACCGUUGCCGUGAACAAUGGCAGCGCCACCGACAGCAAUGGGGCAGGGGUGACGGGAGUCCCUUUAGCCAGGGCCAUUAACGUGAGCCGGUGUGACUCUGUCAUCGUACGAGUCAGCGCCGGUAACUCCAACCAGCAGGCCGGACUGUUCAUCCAACUCAACUUCACCACCCUGGACGACGGGGUGAGGUCAGAGGUGAGCGAGGCGGACCCCUCCAUCAUGACCUACCUCCACUCCUCCAACUGGCCCAACGAGUUCAACUUCACAGACAGGAAACGCAUCACACUCAGCAUGACCAGGGGGCGGGACCUGGACCACAGGAAGUACACCUUCUUCCUGUCCCCAGAGUCCCAUGACACGACCCUGGACUACUAUGUCAACGUGACAACGGGCUGUACCACUGACUCCCCCAGCGCGGGGGUGCGUCUGGAGGUGGGUGUGUUUACGUCCCUGUGCCAGUACUUCAGCGAGAGCGCCAAGCUGUGGCGUACGGACGGCAUGGUGCCACUGGCAGAGACUAAUGCCAGCCGGGCCGUCUGCAGCACCCGCCACCUCACAGCCUUCGCUGCCAGUCUCUUCGUUCCACCUGAUGCUGUCACCUUCAUACGGCCUGAGCAGGGGGUUCCCAGCCUCGUGGUGUUGUUGACGUGUGUGGUGGGGUUGCUGUGUUACGCCGUGGCGGCGGCCAUCUUACAUAAACUGGACCAGCUGGACCUGAGGAGGGCGGGGACGGUGCCGCUCUGUGGACACGACGGAACAUUCAAGUACGAGGUGCAGGUCAAGACCGGCUUCAGCCGCGGGGCAGGCACGUCAGCACAUGUAGGCAUCAGUGUGUACGGCUGUGAGGGGCGUAGCGGGCAUCGACACCUGGACAGCCCCGGGGCCUUCGCACGUAACGGACUGGACAUCUUCCACAUCGCCACGGAAACUAGCCUGGGCAGCGUCUGGAAGAUCCGCGUCUGGCACGACAACAAGGGUCUGUCUCCAGCAUGGAAGCUCCAGUACGUCCUGGUGAAGGACCUACAGACAGGCAGCAGUUACUAUUUCCUGGUAGAGGAGUGGCUGUCAGUGGACAACGAGAGGACAGAUGGAGGCGUGGAGAUAGAGGUGGAGGUCUCAGAAGAGGCAGAGCUUCGUCGGUUGCCCCGCCUCCUGAACUGGGAGCUUCAGCGUGCUCUGUGUGAGAGUCACUUGUGGCUGUCGCUAUGGGAACGGCCCGUCCGCAGUCCCUUUACCCGCCUCCAGAGGGCGACAUGCUGCGCCCUGCUGCUACAGCUCUGUCUGCUGGCUAACACCAUGUGGUACAGCACCGUGGCCAAUAGGAGCUACAGCUCUGUAGCAGUGUCCAGGCUGGUGGUGGUGAAUGUGGAGACUGUGGCUGUGGGAGUGGUCAGCUGUCUGGUCAUUUACCCCCUCUACCUGCUGGUCUUCACUCUCUUCAGGAUGAGUCGUAGCAAGUGUGUGUCAGUAGAACAGGUGCCGUCCUCCCAGGUGGACCAGGAGUCAGUGGAGAUAGAUGACUUCCUGGACAACUCCAUGGCAGGAAGCUCCUUCCUCAUCUUCAACGGUGUCCCUGGAGAGACCUAUUCAGAAGAGACCAACGUGGACCUCCCCCCCACGCCCUCCACCAAGAGUGUCCAGAGUUGGGACACAUCCUCAUUAAUCCAGGAAGAGGAUGACAUGACGAGGAGCGUGAUUGGACCAGAGACAGACACAGUGCGUGUGCGUGUCAGGUCCAGUAUCUUUGGUGAUAAGACAGAGGUGGUCCUCCUUCAGAAGAUGAAUGAACCGCUGUCCCUCGGAGCCGUCAAGAGGGAGCCCCCUAGAACAGCCUUCACCUCACGCACAGGUGGGUGUGUUAACUCAACCCCCCCACCCUCUCUCUCUCUACCUCCAUCUCUAUUUCUACCCCUAGCUCUACCCCUAUCUCUCUGUCUCUCUCUCUCUCCCUACAUCUCUCUUUCUGUGCUACUAGAAGGCCUGUACUUUGCCCUGUGGGUGAAGAGGCUCCGUCCAGAGGAGCAGGAUGUCCUGGUGGAGUGUCCUCGUGUUGACAGAGUUGUCCAGCGUGUCCCCAGAGUCAGACCACCCCAAGGCUUCGCUCUGUCCCAGGCCAGACAGCAGGCCCGCAAGGUCCACAUGCUGCACAGCAUGCUCAAGAACUUCCUGGUCUACAUGCUCUUCCUGUUGGUGGUGUUGCUGCUCAACUACUCUGACACGACCAAGGACACACACAGCCUGCGACUCCGCACACAGCUACAACUCACACUACACACACCGGACCAGGCCAACAUCAGCAGGCGUGAGGAUGUGUGGGCGUGGCUUUCAGGCUCCCUGUUGCCAAGGUUACUGGAUAGCACCACCCUAAUGCAGGAAACAGGAAGUGUGCUCCUGGGCACACCCAGACUACGACAGAUACGAGACGUUAGUCGGUUCUCUCCAGGUUCCAUCCAUGGGGCAGGAGCAGCAGGCUGGGGAGAGGGGUUGACUGCCUCAGCAGUACACAGGAAGCUGACCCAGAACUGGACCUUACACACAGCUGAUGACAACGGAGCGUGGCGUUGGGGUCAGGUGAUGGUGUACGGGAGCGGAGGUUUCUUGGUCCAACAGCUGAACAGGAACAUAGAGGAGACCAGAACAUCACUACAGCACCUACAGCAGUUACACUGGAUGGACCACAUGACACGGGCUGUGUUUGUGGAGUUCUCUCUCUACAACACCAACACAGACCUUUUGGCCUUCUUCUCCUUCCUGUUUGAGUUCCCCGUCUCUGAGCACACUCAGUCCAGCCUCGACCUCUUGACCUUCCGCCUGCAGCCUAUCACAGGCCUCGACCUGCAGCUGCAGCUCACGAUCCUUCUGUUCUCCCUCGUGGUGUAUUUCUGUGUAUGUGCGGUCCUGGGCCUGAUGAGAGAGGGCUGGGUAUACCUCCUGUGCCCGUGGCGGUUGCUGGGCGCGUGCAGCCUGGCGCUGGCAGCGUGUGUGUGUGGCCUCCACAUCAGCCGAUGUAUAAUAUCGGGCGCCUGUGGGCGUCAUACCUACCAACAACUGAGACGGUCACUCCUUCCCUCCAUUCCCUCCCUCUGUCCAUCUCCCUCUCCCUCCUCCUCCCCCUUCCUCCGUCCAUCUCCCCCUCCCUCUCACCAGGCGUCCCACCAGUUGCGUUUCCUGAGGGAGUGGGCAGUGUUUGGCAGGGCUCUGAGACGCUCUGUCUGGGAACUGAUAGGAACAGGUCUGGUCCUGCUGGUCCUGCUGCUGGCCUACUCACACACAGGACACCAGCUCUUCCACUCCGUGAUGGACGGAUAUGGCAGCGUGAGCUCCGCCUGCCUGUCGUUGCUUGGCGCCGGCGGGCGUGGCCUGUUGUCCUUGCGACCAUCGUCAACAACAACCGGCCCCUCUAGCUCCGCCUCCAGCCUGGUGUUCCACGCGAGCUUUGCCGUGCUGCGGCUGGCGUUGCUAUGGCUGGUGACCUCUGCGUUGCUAAGGAACUAUCGUCGGGCGCGGGCGGAGUUGUACCGCCCGGUGGUGGACCUACAGGACUAUGAGAUGGUGGAGCUGUUUCUACGACGACUGAAGAUGUGGAUGGGCCUCAGCCGCACCAAGGAGUUUCGUCACAAGGUGCGUUUUGAGGGCAUGGAACCCCCCCCCUCUCGCUCCUCCUCCACCAGUGACUGUCAGUCCCUGUGCCUGCCCCCUCUGGACGGCUCAGAGUCGCCCCCCAGCCCUGGCAGCCUGGACGGGACCUCUGAGGCCUCCUGGAGACCCACCUCUUCCAGCCCCUGUAGCCUGACAGAGGCCCCCGGGUUGAGCCUGGGUCCCGGCGGAUUGGGACCAGGUGCGUUGGCGGGUGGAACAGCCUGGCGAGAAAGGGCGGAGACUGAGGCGACUCUGAAGAGGCUUCUCCCCACACUGGACGCCUUGCUGCAGCAGCUGGACCGGGUCACCGUGGCGACCGAGGAGCUGUACCGUACCGAGUGUGUCCUGGAGCGUGCCCAGAGGAAAGGAGGGGGGCCGAGGGGGGGGAAGGGGAGGGAAGGGAAAGGGGGAGGAGGAGAGGGGGAGAGUAGAGAGGGCCGAGGAGGGAAGGGAAAGGGGGAGGAGAAAGACUCUGCUGGACAGAGAGAAAGAAAAGGAGGUCAUCAGAAAGUCAACACUGUGGUGGGGGUAGUGGGCGUGGCUCAGCCUAAAGAUACAGGGAACUCUGGGGCUAACCCUAAACACACCCCGAAAUCUACCCCUGCCCCGAAAUCGACCUCUGUCCCGGUUCCUCCGCCUACAUCUACCCCUGCCCUGAAAUGGACCCCUGUCCCAGUUCCUCCCCCUACAUCUACCCCUGCCCCGAAAUCGACCCCUGUCCCGGUUCCUACCCCUAUAUCUACCCCUGCCAUGAAAUCGGCCCCUGAUCCUACCCCAACAUCUACCCCUGCCCCUAAACCUCCUCCGAAAUCUACCCCUGUAUCUGCCCCUAUACCUGACCCAAAAUGUACCCCAGUUUCUCCCCAUAUCACUUCCCCUGACUUGACCCCUGCUCCUGCCCCUGUACCCCUCUCUACUCCCGCCCUACCCUCCACCCCUACCCCCUCCUCCUCCUCCUCUACUCCCGCCCCUCGAGAGUGGGACCCCCCUACGGAGAGAGAGACCCUGCCCCCCUCCAGCCUCUUCAACCACCCGGCCCACACCACCACCAUUCCCACACGCAAACGCAAGCCCCCGCCGCUCAAGAACAAGGUGCACCCCAACCCAGACAGGCAUGUGUCCGGACACCCCAAACCCUGAGGACCCCUCCUGAAGGACCCUCAAGAAGAAAGGAUGUUAGGGAUGGAUGGACGGAACGGGCCGUAGGGAGGAGUGGAAGGAAAGGAAGGAUCCUGGGUAGAGGAUGAGUGGGCGUCGGUCACAGCAGGUGAUGUCACUGGUGUUCCACUCUAAAUCCAGAAGGAGAGAACGCGAGAGAGGAGGGAAAGAGAGAAAUAAGAGGCCCCAAAACAGCGACCGCUCACCAUGUAGUUGGCAUGGAAACACGGUGCAGGUCGCCAGUUCUUUACCCCCGCCCCCUGACCCCAUGUGACCCCGGAGGUCGUGUGGGGGCGUCGACAGAAGCACAUGUUGUGCUGACAUUAGGAGUGCUAACUGUAUGUUUAGUCAAUGAAGAGUGUGUACACGACCUGUUGAUGAUGUACACAGCUUGUUGAUGAUGAUGAUGUACACAGCUUGUUGUUGAUGAUGAUGAUGUACACAGCUUGUUGUUGAUUAUGCACACAGCUUGUUGAUGAUAAUGAUGAUGUACACAACUUGUUGUCGAUGAUGAUGAUAUACACAGCUUGUUGAUGAUGAUAUACACAGCUUGUUGAUGAUGAUGUACACAGCUUGUUGAUGAUGAUAUACACAGCUUGUUGAUGAUGAUAUACACAGCUUGUUGAUGAUGAUAUACACAGCUUGUUGAUGAUGAUAUACACAGCUUGUUGAUGAUGAUAUACACAGCUUGUUGAUGAUGAUAUACACAGCUUGUUGAUGAUGAUAUACACAGCUUGUUGAUGAUGAUAUACACAGCUUGUUGAUGAUGAUAUACACAGCUUGUUGAUGAUGAUAUACACAGCUUGUUGAUGAUGAUAUACACAGCUUGUUGUUGAUGCUUCAGUGUGUUAUCUAUGCUGUUGCAUUUGUUGUUUCUAUUUGAUCAUGAAAACAUAAGGAAGCUAUUGUUCUUGAUCACCAUGGGUAUGUGGGACCUGUCUAAAUGCUCUGUUCAGAAGCUUUGGAGAUGUCUCUCUCUCUCUCACACUCACACUCACACACACACACACACACACACACACACACACACACACACACACACACACACACACACACACACACACACACACACACACACACA